UGUAUUGCUGGAUCGGUCAAGAUUAUGCUGCUGUGUGAGCUUGAAUUUCCUUAAAAGAGAAUGAGAUAUCUGCGCCUCAGCUUGAAUAUUUCUUUGUUUGUCUUAUCAUUCAACCGUAAUUUGUGGUAGGGUGUAGUGAUUACUUGGUUGACUGCAAAUCACCUUUGUCCUAAUUUCCAUCUCAAUAAGGUUAAAAAAAAAAAAAUUCAUGAAUUUCGGUGUACUGUAUUGCUGGAUCGGUGAGAGCUUGAAUUUCCUUGAAGAGAAUGAAAUAUCUGCGCCUUGGCUUGAAUAUUUAUUUGUUCGUCCUACUAUUCGAGUGUAAUUUGUGGUAGAGUGUAGUAAUCACAUUUAUUUACUUGACCACUAAUCAUAUUUAUCCUAAUUUCCUUCUUAAUAAGGUAAAAUUCUCAUGUUUUUCUUUCAUGAAUUUGGAUGUUUGGUUUUGAAUUUUACUGUAUUGUUGGAUCGGUGAAGAUUAUACUGCAGAGUGAGCUUGAAAUUUCUUAGAUAGAGCUAGAUAUCCGCGCGGAUUAUACUGUUUUUGUUCAUUUCAUUAUUCAACUGUAAUUUGUGGUAUUUUCACCAACACUUAAUGUAUGUGGUUAAUAAUCACAUUUGUCCUAAUUUCCUUCUCUAUAAGGUAAAAGUUUCAAGUUUUUUUUUUUCAUGAAUUUAGAUGUUUGAUUUUGAAUUUCACUUAUAUAUUGGUGUAAUGAUCACACAUUUGUUUGAAUUGCAUAUGAAUGAAGAUACAAAAUGUAUUGUAUGUGACUUUUGCGGAGACUUUUAGUUCUAGUUGAAUUUUCCGGGGGAGCCUUGGCAUAACUGGUAAAGUUGCUGCCAUGUGACUAGGAGGUCACAGAUUCUAAGCUGGUGAAAACAACUUUCUGUAGAAAUGCUGGGUAAGGCUGCGUCUGAUAGACCCUUGUGUCUGUCCUUCCCCAUAACAUGCCCAUUACGAGAGCUUUGGUGCACCGGACGGCCCUGUAGAAUUCAGUAAUGUUCUUUUGGCAACGUAGAACUACAUAUGUUGGAGGAAUCUGGUCUUUGUCCUGUUUAUUUAUAUUACUUAGAUAUGCUCAGGAUUUGAUGAAUUUUACGAUUUCUAUGAGUGAUUGAAGAAUUACACAUGUUGAACCUGCAAAGAUAGGUUUCUAUGAGUAAGUUCAUCAGGAAUUAUCAUGCUGGCUUUUGUAUAUCACGGCAGAACGACAAAUAUUGGUUGAAUUGCACUGCAUUUCUGUACAUGAAUAUUUACGUGCAUCUUGGAGUAACUGGUAAAGUUGCUGCCAUGUGACCAGGACGUCAUGGGUUCAAGCCUUGGAAACAGCCUCUGGCAGAAAUGCAAGUUAUUGAUGAAGAGAUCUGCUCGCCAAAUGGCCAAAAGUGCUACACCUGUGGAACAACUUCGCCAAGCAAUACAGCAGGGAUGCGAGGUGUCCGUUAAAGAGCUAGAUAAUCUAUUAACACUUCUUAUCGACAAGAAAAGAAAAAUGGAACAAGAAGAAGCUGAAACGAAUCUUCAGAUUCUGCUCGAGUUUCUCCAGUGUUUAAAGAAGCAAAAAAUUGAUGAGCUUAAUGAGAUCCAAAAUGAUCUCCAGUACAUUAAAGAAGACAUAUAUGCGGUGGAGAAGCGUAGAAUAGAGUUAUAUAGGACACAAGGUAGAUAUCAGGCGAAAAUGAGAUCGCUAGUAGAUGAUUCAUCUGCAAUGACAGUCAGGCCUCUGUUGAGAGAGAAGGGAUGCGGUGCAAUUGUCUAUAGUUCUGUCAAUUCACAAGAACAAGGUCGUGCUGGCACUUCGCAGCCGAGGAACAGCACUGAUGCAAGAGCUCCUCGGAAUUCUCAAACUGUCCAAUGGAAGGAUGACAGCAACAGUGGAUCAGAUUCACAGGAUCCUAAUCAACCUGCAAAGGCAUUAGCAAGGAAGCGACGCGUUCAUGCACAGUUCAACGAGCUUCAAGACUGUUACCUACAAAAGAGGCGUUAUUGGGCAAGAGAGUCGCAGAAACAGGGAGAAAGAGUAGCAAAUAUCAUGAAUAAAGAAGGUUAUUCUGCCGGACUCGAGGAUUUUCAAUCUGUUCUGUCUACCUUCACGCGAUACAGUCGGCUACGGGUUGUUGCUGAACUCAGACAUUCUGACCUUUUCCACUCAGCCAAUAUCGUUUCAAGUAUUGAAUUUGACCGAGAUGAUGAAUUGUUUGCUACUGCUGGGGUAUCACGAAGAAUUAAGGUCUUCGAGUUUUCAUCAGUGGUAAACGAACCUGCUGAUGUGCAAUGUCCUGUUGUUGAAAUGUCUACCCGAUCCAAACUAAGUUGUUUGAGUUGGAACAAGUACACUAAAAACAACUUAGCAAGCAGCGACUAUGAGGGGAUAGUAACGGUUUGGGAUGUUACAACUCGUCAGAGUGUGAUGGAGUACGAGGAGCAUGAAAAACGAGCCUGGAGUGUUGACUUCUGUCGUACUGAACCUUCUAUGCUUGUGUCUGGUAGUGAUGAUUGCAAGGUCAAAGUUUGGAGCACGAGGCAGGAAGCUAGCGUUCUUACCAUUAACAUGAAAGCUAACAUUUGCUCGGUGAAGUGUAAUCCUGGAUCCAGUGCUCACGUAGCUGUGGGUUCUGCUGAUCAUCACGUUCACUAUUACGACUUGAGAAACAUUAGCCAGCCACUGUACAUUUUCAGUGGACACCGUAAAGCUGUUUCAUAUGUAAAAUUUUUAUCUAACAAUGAACUAGCUUCUGCAUCAACUGAUAGUACAUUGCGUUUGUGGGAUGUCAAAGAGAACGUUCCACUGCGUACGUUUAGAGGACAUACAAACGAGAAGAACUUUGUAGGUCUUACAGUAAACAGCGAAUACCUUGCAUGUGGCAGCGAGACAAAUGAAGUGUUCGUCUAUCACAAAGCAAUUUCUAAGCCAGCAGCUCGAUACAGAUUUGUGUCCGAUGAUCAGAAUGAUCCAGACAGGGACAUGGGAUCAUUUUUCAUCAGUGCUGUUUGUUGGAAACUCGACAGCCCAACGGUUGUGACAGCGAACAGUCAAGGGACAAUAAAAGCACUCGUUCUUGCUACUUGAUCGAUAACAUUUGAAUGAUUGAUAACACUUUUGACUGACGGAGAGGCUCAAGAGGUACGAGUUCUCAACAGCAAUUCUCCAUUGUACAUGAAUGACCAGAUUAUUAGGCUAACAUUGGUUUUCGGUCAUGUAGAUCUUGACGCGUGGUUGCUUAGUGUAGUAUAACAACAACAACCACGCCUCAGUCCCAAACUGCUUAUAUAGUACUAGUACGUAGUCACAUAAUUCUUAUGGUUGGUGUGUAUUCUCUCUUUUAUAUGUUUAUAUUAUGUAAGUAUAUAGAAAUCAAUAUAGCAGAGUGAAUAUUGUAGUGAAUACAUGAAUUAGUGUUUAAAGACACUUAUGAGUCAAAUUUUGGA